AUGACGAGAACAUCAGCCUUUCUGUUCCUAAUUCAGCUGUUUGGGCUAGCCCUCUCCUUCUCCAAUGAACGGCUGCAGCCUCGAAGAUACGAUACAUCCGUUUCCCUAUUUGGAGGAGGAGGGGGUGUCUCAAAGCUUCCGUCACCCAAUGGAAGGGACAAACAGGCCAUUGAUUCGAUCAAAGCAGCCAUUAGCAAACCCAGAAAUCCAUCAUUUCCGCUGGUGGAAUGCGAAUUUCCUCCAUUGGAGGCGCUUAAUAAACUUGGAGAUGGAUCACAACGAUCGGCAGAUCAAGUUGAUAGCGCCAACUUUGCAUUUGCCGCCAAACUGGUGAAAUCUCUGUCAGGAAUACCCUUCCUUGGACCCAACGUAUAUUUAUUUCUGAGUGCGGCGUCAUCGUCACGGACCAUUAGCAAGGCAAAGAGUAUCAUCAAGGGUGCCACCUACGUCGGAUCACUCAAGGAUAGGAUUCCAGACACCUUCAAAACCGGCGACGUCGUGGUGGUAGUUGCCCCAUGUAUAGGACCAGACUAUUCAAUAGCAUCUCAAUUAGCAAAGGAUGGUAUAGCAAGUGGGGUAGUCAUAAUCAAUGGCCUCGCCAAGAGUGCUAAAAGUGUGAGCGGAUCUGCCACCAUGGCCUACUACCUAAAACCAUUGACGUAUAAUUCGCAAGUGGUAGGUUACCUGUGCCGGAAUUAUCCCAACGAUUGGGCUACCGUAGACUUGCUGUCCAAACAAGUCUUGAAAUCGUACAAAGAUGAAGAGAUUCUGUUUGGAGACUCCAACGCUCCUGAUUUGCGUGGGCCUGGAUUUUUGGUACAAAAGUGCGUGGACGAACGAGCGAUUCAAUCGCGAAAGAACUGA